AUGACUCCUCCACCACCUGUUCCUGGACAAACACCAGCACCUGCCAAGGCCAAGGCCAAGCGCAAACCUCUUAACCCUCAAGCUCUGGUGUCCAAGUUCUGGACAAAGUACCACUCAAAAGCACCCGGCAAAGUCACAUCCAUCUUCCCACAGAGCCUCUAUGAGUCGCUCCUUACCGAUGCCGACUCAUCGUAUCCCAAGUCUCGCAAUGCGGCACAAAGUUAUGAGGCUGCUGCUAAAGAGUGUCGGGCUCGAGUUCGUGCUGUUGUCCGGGAAUGCGAACGCACCAAUGCCAAGUUCAGCGACCCAGACUUUGAUAUAGAAACCGACUUUACAUCAUACUAUGAUAAUUGCCUGUAUGGACUUGUCAGAAAACACUGCGACGAUAGUGACAGCGACGAUGAUAUACCGCCAGUCGAAUCCAAUAUUGAUGCGCGUCGAGUCAAGAAGUCUCACGACACGCGCAAGAACAGCGGCGUGCUGAGAAAUCAUGGGCUUGAUGCCAAAGUACACAAUGUGCAAAGGCGUACAACCAACGGCAAGGACUACAGUUGCCGACAAUCUAGACCCGGUUCAGUUCAUCGCAUCCCAUGGAUCUUCGAGAACCCUCAAUUCACAAUUGAUGGCUUCUCCAGCGCAGACAUCAAACAAGGCGCCAGCGGCGACUGCUGGUGGCUGGCAGCCCUCGCGACUAUUGCUCAUCGCAAAGACUUGAUGAAGAAGAUCUGUGUUGCGCGAGAUGAAGAAUGUGGUGUCUACGGUUUUGUUCUGUACCGCGAUGGAGAGUGGAUCUCGACUGUAGUGGACGACAACCUCUACUUGCGACACAAGGAUUUUGGACAAGACAGCGAGGUCUACGAUGCGACGGGUAAGAAGGCCCGGCUUUAUAAGAAGCAGAGACAAACCGGUUCCGAGUCUUUGUACUUUGCCAAGUGUGAAGACCCUAACGAAACUUGGCUUCCCUUGCUGGAAAAAGCAUAUGCCAAAGUACACGGUGACUACCAAGCCCUCGAUGGCGGCUGGGCUGGUACCGCUGUUGAGGACCUUACAGGUGGUGUAAACACCGUAGUUGCAGGCAACAGAGUUCUUCGCAAAGAGCGUCUCUGGCGUGAAAUGUUGGGGUCCGAUGAUGAGGAUGGGGAGUUCGUCUUUGGUCUAUCUGCAGGCGGCCCGGGGGACGAGCAUAACAACGGGAUUGUGCUACGGCAUGCGUACUCUAUUCUAAGAGUGGCCGAGGUUGAAGACGAGGACGCCAACAAGAUUCGCUUGGUCAAGAUCCGGAACCCUUGGGGACAGAGAUCUGAAGAUGGGCAGGGCGAGUGGCAUGGUCCAUGGUCAGACGGCUCCAAGCAAUGGACUCCGUAUAUGAUACGAAAGCUGCAACAUCAGUUUGGCGAUGAUGGAAUCUUCUGGAUGUCUUAUAACGACAUGCUCGACAACUUCAAGUGGAUGCACAGGACUCGACUCUUUGACGAGCGAUGGACUGUUGCUCAACAGUGGACUAGUGUCAGCACCUCCUGGCUUACCGGCUAUCUCAAGAAGAAGUUUAUUAUUGAGGUUAAGGAAGAGGACAUGGUGGUUAUUGUUCUCUCACAGCUUGAUGACCGAUACUUCACUGACCUGAAAGGGCAGUACCAAUUCGUGCUCAACUUUCUCCUCCAGUCUCCUGGUGAAAAGACGCCCAUCUGUUCCGUACGUCCGGUACACCAGUGGGAUCGUCGAUCAGUUAACUGUGAAGUCGAGCUCGAACCAGGCACCUACGAGGUGGUUCCCAAGAUAGUAGCCGAGAGGUGUACAUAUCUGCCAACCGUUCAGAAGAUGGUCAAGAGGGCGGCAGACAACAACCCACAGAAGCUGCGCCAGAUCGGCUUGCAGUACGACCUGGCCCACGCAAAAGGGGGUAUCGUCGACGAAGACGAGGCUCUCCGCAAGAAGAAGGAGACUGAGAAACGAAAGAAGCUCAAGGGAAAGAAGAAAGACCAGAAGAAGAGGCAGAUGGCGGAGGCAAUGGCGCGUAUGGAGGCGGCGAUGGUGCAGAUGAGGAACGAAUACAAUCAGAGCCUCAACGAAAAGGAGAGUGCGAGGAAAGAUGAGCCGGCUCACGAAAAAACUGAGGAAGAGCCCAAUACCAAGGGAUCUGAUGUCGAAGGCAAAUCGGACAGGGCGCCGCCUGGUUAUUGGCCGGAAGAUUCUUCCAAGAGCGAGUUGGAGUUGCCGGGACACACUGAAACACCUGUUGAACCAAAAAGAGAGCCGUCUUUGCAUGAAACAAGCACAGAGAAUGACGACAAGAGGAAAGCGUCUCCUUCUCCUCCACCUCCAAAUGAUCUCAUCCUGGAAUCUUCAUCUGCCGGCUUUCGUCGGGGCCCCCCAUCAUCACCCCAUGGAUCAUCAAUACCAUCCCGAGACCACAGUCCGCUACAGAGUCGAAGAGCAACGAGCCAGAGCACGGAUACAUGCCCCGUGUUCACUCCACCGACAGAGCCCACAGACGAAUCUGAUAUGGACAGCUCAGACUCUGCGACAGAAUCCGAGUCGACAUCCAACGACACUUCGUCGAGCUCAGACAGCGACAGCGUGGCCGUGUUUCCGCGGCUUCGCCAGAGAAAGAAACAGCCGUGGAAUGCCGUGUGCGUGAUCGGCCUCCGGGUCUAUGCCCAGCAUACUGGUAUCAAGGUCCGUCUCGCGGAUCAAAAGGUUGACGAGGCGGCUGAGCUCGUCCCUCCGAAAGGGAGCCCUGCUAGUAUAGCCCACUAA